UUUACCCCAUAAGGACACGCGGAAUUGCUGAAGCUUCUAUACUUCGAGCUGGAAAGUUACCAACGAUUCAAGCUGGAAACCGAAAGGAACCCAUUUAUAGUAAAGAUUUUCGAAGGUCCUAAUGAUUAAAGAUCAGUAAAUGCGAGAUUUUGGCGAUCCCUUUGCAGAGUAAUGGCCAAAGGGAUAAUCAAGAACACAUGGGAUCGCUCUGUGAAGAUUACUGUAAUCUGGUUAAUCUGCGUUCUUACUUUUUACUGUUUUUUCCAGAUGGCACUGCGCAAUUCUUCAUCCCAUGAGAACGCCAAUUCUCAUCGACCCACAAUUUCUGGAAGAUCUUCAAUUUCACAUGCUGAGCAAAGAUCAGUACUCUACUCAAAAAUGGCAAAAGAUCUGGAGGAGAAUGGAGCUGUUUUUAUUAAACAAGGGGAAACCUCUCAGUCUAUAUCCUUGUCGGAUCUUUUUACUCUGAAGGAUGAAACUGUGACACCCAUACUUAAGUCUGCAGAUCCUCCCGUGCGAGCGAAUGUGCUGUAUUUAAGUACUCAAUACUCUGUUCCAAUCUCGAAGGCUGUGAAGGAUGUAUUUUUGCCGUACUUUGAUAAAGCAAUCUGGUUUCAGAACUCUAGUCUCUACCAUUUUAGCAUGUUCCACGCUUCACAUCACAUAGCUCCUGUCCCUGCCACAGAAACAGAGAUUGAAGCUGAAGCUAAUGCCGUAAAAGCUGUUGCAGAGUCCACCUGCCCAUUGCACAUUGUCCUGGAUCGGGUGGUUUUAACCUCAACUGGCGUACUACUAGGGUGUUGGCAGGUGGUCUCUGGUUCAGAUCCCGUAACUAUUCGUGCUAAAUUAAAGGCUGCUCUUCCACGUGCUCCACAAAAGCAGCUUUAUAAUGAGGCCAUGCUUCAUACUUCACUUGCAAGGCUUCUAGGCCCCCCUAACAAGUUGCCUGAGGAGGAAAGUAAGAUUUCAGAACUCCAAAUAUUUCAUGAUCUCGUAAACAGACUGAACAAUCAAAUUCGAGGAUUAAAGGCCACGGUCUCAGAGCUCUGGUAUGUUGAAGAGUACGAUUUGCUUGCACUUGCUGUGAAUGGAAAUAUGAAGAUUCGGAAAUUCAAACUUGGUUGUUCAGAAGCCUAGUGGUUCCAAAGGUCCUUCUUCCCUUACAUAAAGCAUCAGGCAAAAUAUAGAGCUAGCACAGAAAAAAGAUGUGUGUAUGAUGAUAAGAGUGUGAUGGAUGAGGUCCUUUUGGUCAUUUCAUAGAUGUCCAUCUAUGCUUUCUACAAGUGACAGUCUACUGUAUAAAUUGUCAAAUUACAAGUAGUAGUUUGUGAUCAAUAAAUAGCUUUUUUUUUCAAUACCAUAUGUUUGUUCAUAUGCCAGUGAUCAAGUUUAUUGGUACUUUAUAUCUUGGUUAGCACCGAUGCUUGUCGCUCGGAGGUUCAUACUUAUGAUGUCGGUUCGAAUUCUUGCCAAACACGUUUGGUGGGUGUAAACGGACGUCUGCUGAUUAUAAGAAUAUUGGCUGGCUGUCAGAUUAAAACA